AUGGAGUUAGACGAAGGUUUCGAGAUCCCGAAGAAGACGAGAAAGCUGACCUACGAUCAGAGAACAGCCACGAAUGUAACAACGUCGAACAGCUUCGAAGUUCUACAUUGCGAGUCAACGGACCAACCCAAAAUCCCACCAGUGAUCAUACACUAUAAUGAAGACUGGAACCAAAUACGUAAGAAGCUGCAACUAAACAACGAUACAACCCUGCACCGAAGAAGACCACAGCAGGCUUUGUUGGACAGAAUUGACUGCUACUACUACACCUAUACAUGCGACCGUAAACGACCGAUAAAAUACGUCAUGAAGGGUAUUCCCACCUCGCUGUCAUGCGACGACGUCUCGAACGACCUUGAGGGAAAAGGGAUAAGCGAUACAACCGUUCAUAGGAUGAAGAGCCGGUCCAAGGAGAUUCCCCUGGUCCUAAUUAUCGCGCCCAAAGAAAUUGGGGAAAAAAUCAAAGGCAUCAAGACAUGUUGCCACCUACGUGUUUCAAUUGAGAUGUACCGCAAACUACGACGACCCACGCAAUGCCAUCGCUGCCAGCGCAUUGGACAUGUCCAAAGGAACUGCAAGAUGGCCCCGCGAUGCCUACCGGGGUUGCAAGGCCUUCACGACGAAGACACCAAAGACACCAAAGCCUAUCAACUCAACCAAGGCCACCGCGUCUACCGUCCGACAAGGGAUCUCAUAUGCGAAAACAACAGCGGGGAAGCCAAGAACGGAAAACCCUUCAACUUCAACAGAGACAACAACAAUAUUUGA